AAAAGAUGGCAGUCGGAAAAAACAGUAACAUGGUUGAGACGGAUGUAUAAGAAGAGGAGACUGUGGGCCGCGGCUUAUCUGACAGAGGGUUUUUGGCUUGGCAUGAAAAGCAACCAGAGGAGUGAAAGUCUAAACUCAUGCCUUCACCUCCACCUAGACGGUGAAAUGACCCUGGUGGAUAUGAUUUUGCACUAUGAGAACGCCGUUGUACGUAUCCGUGAGAAUGAGGCACGAGAUGAUUGCACGGCCUCACAGAGUUUACCGGUGCCAGUUACUAGCUCGAGGGAACUUGAGAUAGCUGCUUCUCACGUCUUCACUCCAGCAAACUUCUAUAUGUUGCAAGCUGAUCUUAGGAAAAUUGGUGGCAUGGAGAUUGUAGAAAUAAAGCUCGGAGACGGAUCACAGCAGUACAUCGUGGCCUGGAAGAAUAACCGGAAGAGCCGUUUUUGGGUGGAGUACACUCCAGUAAAUUCCGCAGAAACUAUAAGGUGCAGCUGCAGAAGAAUGAUUCGAAAGGGUCUACCUUGCAAGCACAUAUUCCAUGUACUGAAGUACUUGAAUAUAUCUGAAAUACCAAAGUGUUUAGUUCUUGUGCGGUUCACGAAAGACGCAAGGUUGGGACUGCCCGCCAGGCGCACAAGCGAUCUGUUGGGAUUUGGAUGGACUGGAGCAGCUGAAAGAAUGAAAUAUAGCCAGGUCAGUGUGUUGGCUUCAGAAGCUAUGCAUGCAGCAUGCAAACACCCAACUUUGUGGGAUCAGUUACAGGAGAGUUUGAAGGCCGUGAUAGCUAAGAGCCAUGAGUAUGAUCAGCUAAAGGAAAAUUUGAGUAAGAAAACGGCUGAUCUUAGUACUUGUGCAAUUGAAUAUGUAGAUGACGGUGAAGGCAACAUAGUUGAAGUUCAUGAUCCUAUUAAAGUAUCAACGAAAGGUGAAACUAAGGUAGAUGAGAACCGCCCUAUGUAGAAAAAUGGUAGGCCACUUUCGUACGACGAGAUCAGAAUCAGGUGCGGCGCAUGCAAAUUGCUAGGGCACACUAAACGCAGCAAGAAAUGCAAACUAAAUAAGAAAAGCGUGGUGGGCGAAGAAGAGUAGAACAGUUGCUAAAGUUAUGUUAGGAUGAAUCCAGUGAUCUAAUAGUGAGGUGUUUACAAUGUAUUACUGCAUACAUGAUACAUGAUAUAUACUAUUGCAAGAGGCCAGUACCUUGAGAUAGUGCUUGUAGCAUAUAUGGACUAAACAGGAGGCGGUCACUAGGGACUUUAAUCAUGGAAAAUGGAUAGCAUUUUAGCCAUUGUAAUGAUGGCAUCUUUUGUGUUGUCCACUGUAGUUAUAUUAUAUUAGAAAACUAGACGAUACCCGGCAUGUUGUUGCGGGAAUGCUCCCUUUGCAAUAUAUUCAUAGAGAAAUGGUUACGUGUAACAUGUAUAUGUUGUUGCGGGAAUAUUUUGUUUGCAUGUUGUGGUGGACCUUUCUCCAUACAUG